AUGGAUACCUUUCUUCUCGCCUGGGGAUUUCUAGGGCUGUGCUUGCCCGGCUCCAGAGGGACGGCGGAAACAGCUCAGCCAUGUGGUGGCCGCCUGAACUCCAAGGAUGCUGGGUACAUCACCUCCCCAGGGUACCCCAAUGACUACCCCUCCCACCAGAACUGUGAGUGGGUUAUAUACGCCCCUGAAUCCAACCAGAAGAUCAUCCUCAACUUCAACCCUCACUUUGAAAUUGAAAAGCACGACUGCAAGUAUGACUACAUCGAGAUCCGAGAUGGGGACAGUGAAGCUGCAGACCUGCUGGGCAAGCACUGUGGGAACAUUGCACCUCCUACCAUCAUCUCUUCUGGCCCCUCUCUAUAUAUUAAGUUCACCUCAGACUAUGCACGGCAAGGUGCCGGCUUCUCCCUGCGCUAUGAGAUCUACAAGACAGGCUCUGAGGACUGCUCCAGAAACUUCACAGCCUCCAAUGGCACUAUUGAGUCUCCAGGUUUCCCUGACAAGUAUCCACACAACCUGGACUGUGUCUUCUCCAUCAUAGCCAAGCCAAAGACAGAAAUCCUCCUUCACUUUUUGCUCUUUGACCUUGAGCACGAUCCACUGCAGGCAGGGGAAGGAGACUGCAAGUAUGACUGGCUGGACAUCUGGGAUGGCAUCCCUCAGGUUGGCCCCUUGAUAGGCAGGUACUGUGGCACCAAGAUGCCAUCAGACAUCCGCUCAACCACCGGCGUCCUCUCGCUCACCUUCCACACAGACCUGGCAGUAGCUAAAGAUGGUUUCUCUGCCCAAUACUACUUGAUCCAUCAGGAAGUCCCAGAAAACUUCCAGUGCAACGUGCCACUGGGCAUGGAGUCUGGCAGGAUCUCCAACAUGCAGAUCAGUGCCUCCUCCACCUACUCAGAUGGGCGAUGGACUCCUCAACAGAGCCGACUCAACAGUGAUGACAACGGCUGGACUCCCAAUGUAGACAGCAACAAAGAGUAUCUCCAGGUGGACCUCCACUUCUUGACUGUUCUCACAGCCAUUGCCACACAGGGUGCCAUCUCCAGAGAAACCCAGAAUGGUUACUAUGUCCGUACCUACAAACUGGAGGUCAGCACCAAUGGGGAAGACUGGAUGAUGUACCGACAUGGGAAAAACCACAAGACAUUUCAGGCCAAUGAGGAUGCUACAGAGGUGGUUCUCAACAAGAUCCACAGCCCAGUGCUCACACGCUUUGUGCGAAUCCGUCCACAGAGCUGGCACAAUGGCAUUGCCCUGAGGUUGGAGCUGUAUGGCUGCCGUAUCACUGAUGCACCCUGCUCCAGCUUGCUGGGAAUGCUUUCUGGCCUCAUCCCUGACUCACAGAUCUCAGCCUCUUCUAUCAGAGGCUAUGACUGGUCUCCCAGCAUGGCCCGCCUGGUGAGCAGCCGCUCAGGCUGGUUUCCUCGCAUCCCCCAGGCCCAGCCUGGGGAGGAGUGGCUGCAGGUGGACCUCGGCAUCCCGAAGAAUAUAAAAGGUGUCAUUAUCCAAGGAGCUCGUGGAGGGGACAGUGUGACCACCACUGAGUCCCGCUCCUUUGUAAAGAAAUUUAAGGUGGCCUACAGCAUGAAUGGAAAGGACUGGGAGUUUAUCCAGGACCCCAAAACAAUGCAAGCCAAGCUUUUUGAAGGCAACAUCCACUACGAUAUCCCAGAAGUCCGGAGGUUUGACCCUGUUCCUGCCCAGUACAUCCGAGUACACCCAGAGAGAUGGUCCCCAGCAGGAAUAGGAAUGCGCCUGGAGGUGCUAGGCUGCGACUGGACAGAUGCGAAGCCCACUGCAGAGACACUGGUACCCACUUUGAAGAGUGAAGAGACCACUACCCCAUACCCAACUGAUGAAGAGGCAACUGAGUGUGGUGAUAGCUGUGGAGAAGAGGAAGAUUUCCAUCUCCCUUCAAACUUCAACUGCAACUUUGAUCUCCCUGAAGGCCUCUGUGGUUGGUCACAUGACUUUGGAACGGGUUAUACAUGGUCUUUUCAGCCUACAAGCACCUGGACUGGCAACUCUGAACCAAGUGCUGAGACUGGGCCUGACAGCAAGAAUUACCUGCAGCUGCAGAGCAAUGGAAGGAGGGAAGGUCAGCGAGCCAGACUCAUUAGCCCCACCAUCUACCUGCCCCAGAGCGCUGUCUGCAUGGUGUUCCAGUACCAGGUGUGGGGCAGCAAUGGGGUGAUGCUGCGGGUCUGGAGGGAAGCCAGCCAAGAGCAGAAGGCACUGUGGGUCAUCACGGAGGACCAAGGGGAAGAGUGGAGGGAGGGCCGCAUCAUCUUGCCAAGCUAUGACAUGGAAUACCAGAUUGUGUUUGAGGGAUUUAUACGGAAUGGCCACUCAGGAGAGCUCGCCCUCGAUGACAUCCGGCUAGGCACUGACAUCCCACUGGAGAACUGCAUGGAACCCAUCACAGCUUUCCCAGGUGAGAACUUCUACUUUCCAGUGAACUUCCCAAGAAUGGAGGAUGACUUUCCAAUCUCUGAGCAAGACUUCGAAGACAACGAUGAUCCAGAUUACUUUGGAUCGGAUAGGAACGACACACUGUUCUCUACUAACUCUCCAGGAACUCCAAAGCUGGACAAAGAAAAAAGUUGGCUGUACACCCUGGAUCCCAUCCUGGUGACCAUCAUAGCGAUGAGCUCCCUUGGUGUUCUCCUCGGAGCCAUCUGUGCUGGCCUGCUCCUCUACUGCACGUGCUCAUAUGCUGGGCUGUCCUCACGGAGCUCCACCACCCUGGAGAACUACAACUUCGAGCUGUAUGAUGGCAUCAAGCACAAGGUCAAGAUGAACCACCAGAAGUGCUGCUCAGAGGCCUGAUGGGUA